CAACAGAACAGAGCACAGAAAACUUCAUCAUGUCCUGUACGGAGGGGAACUACCAACCUCCAAUUAAAAAGCCGACCCAACCGGUGUCCUACCCGGAGGUUUAUCGCAAUCCGCCGCCACAACCAAGGGACAAGAAACCCGGACAGCUGAGCAAGGCGCAACUCGACCAGUUCUUCAGAGAUGGGUAUGUUGUGGUGCCUGACUUCUUCCUGCCGGAGGAGCUUCAGCCGGUGCGGGACGCCGUGGCCGAGCGGGUGGACCACCUGGCAGAGACGCUUUACCGGGCCGGCAAGAUCACAGAUAAACACGAGAAGGCCGGCCUGUUCCAGAGGCUGACGCUGCUGGAUAAGGAGUUCCCCGGCGCAGCCAUCGUCCUGGUCAAGUCGCGCAGGAACAUGCCUAAGGCGUUCCGUGACCUGUGGUCCCACGAGCGGCUCCUGAACGCUGUAGAACAGCUGAUCGGACCUGACAUAGCCGGGCACCAAGUCUGGAACCUCAGGACUAAGACUCCGGCGAAUGAAGCGUUGACGGUCCCAUGGCACCAAGAUAACGCGUACCUGCUGCCCGAGUGUCUCGGCACCCUGCAGCCGACGGCCUGGAUCCCACUGCUGGACACCACGGAGAGGAACGGCUGUAUGCAGGUGCUGAAGGGCGGGCACAGGAGGGGCGUCACCGCCACCCACACGUGCUGUGCCGGCGGGACGUGGUACGUGGAGGUGUCGCAAGAGGAGAUGGAGCAAACCUUAGGCUGCGACAUGGAGAAGGACCUGGUGACCUGUGAGGUUCCCUAUGGGGGAGUCCUCUUCCUCAACAACUGCGUUCCGCAUCGCAGUCUGCAGAACUACUCCGACGAGAUCCGGUGGAGCCUGGACCUGCGCUGGCAGGACCCUAGCAAGCCGUCCGGGUUCUGGGGAGAGAGGGGCCUGGUCCUGAUGCGGACAGCAGAGGAUCCCGGGUACAGGCCACGAUGGGAAGAGUUCCUGCAGGAUGAGAGGCUGGAUGAGGAUGGGCAGGAGAAUUCUGUACAGCUGGAGGAAGAUCUGGAGCCAACCAUCCAAGGUCCGUGGAUGUUGCGCUGGGAACUUGUGCACCACAACAGGCACACUAGAGCCCUCAAGUCCUGAAGCGUUUAGCCAAUUUAGGGGGCUGAAACCUGCCCCACUAUGUCAUGCUAUCUACCAGCCAAAUGCCAA